UGCAGUUCUGUGAGUGAGAUUUAUAAACUGAGUUCCGAGUACAGAGACUGUUCCACUCAGAGACUGAUCCAGACAGAGAUUUCUCCAGGCAGCGACUGCUCCACUCAGAGACUGCUCAACACAGACUGAUCCAGACAGAGACUGAUCCAGACAGAGAGACUGCUCAACACAGAGACUGUUCCACACAGAGACUGAUCCAGACAGAGACUACUCAACACAGAGACUGUUCCACACAGAGACUGAUCCAGACAUAGACUACUCAACACAGAGACUGUUCCACACAGAGACUGAUCCAGACAGAGACUGCUCAACACAGAGACUGUUCCACACAGAGAGACUGAUCCAGACAGAGACUACUCAACACAGAGACUGUUCCACACAGAGACUGAUCCAGACAGAGACUACUCAACACAGAGACUGUUCCACACAGAGACUGAACCAGACAGAGUCUGAUCAACACAGAGACUGAUCCAGACAGAGACUGCUCAACACAGAGACUGUUCCACACAGAGACUGAUCCAGACAGAGACUUCUCCAGGCAGCGACUGCUCCACUCAGAGACUGCUCAACACAGACUGCUCCGCUCUGAGACUGAUCCAGACAGAGACUGCUCCGGACAGAGUCUGCUCCAGACAGAGACUGCCCCAGACAGAGUAUGCUGCAGACGCAGUCUCCCUAUAGAGUCUGACAUGCAGCCGGUUGUACACAGUGGACAUUGAGACAGAUAUUGUAGUAGUAGAGAUAGCUCAGGUUGGUGAUAUGGAUGGUCUGUUAAGCUUUGUGGAGCCAGUGGUGGUUGUGACCAAUGUAGCCAAUUCCCUCUUUGACACAGCGCUGUUGAUGGUGGUAUAUGACCGGCUAAAUGGGACAACGCCUGGCAACAGUGACCUGGCCCAGAAGGAAGUGGCCCAGUUCUACAUGAUUUACAACAUGAUCUACUCAUUAGCCCCCUUACUGACAACAGUGCUAUUGGGAAAGUGGGCAGAUCGCCAAGGUCAGAAGGUUCUGCUGGUGGUGCCAUUACUGGGGUAUCUACUGGGAAGGCUGUUACUGCUCUUCACCCACAUUUUCCAGCUGCCUGUCAGUGUGAUGUAUGGAUCAGCUGUGAUCAAUGGAUUGACUGGAGGGUUCCCAGCUUAUUGGAGUGGGAUUAAUGCUAUCACUGCCCUGAGGUCGGGAGCAGCAAGACGCAGUCUAAGGUUAAAUAUGUUGGAGGUAGCAUCAGGGAUGGCUGGAUUCCUGGGCAGUGUGGCAUCUGGUCACUUCUUCCUGGUGAAAGUUAAUAACCAGCAUGGGCUCCUGCUAAUCUGUCUAUGUCUGACUCUGUAUUUAUUAAGUCUGCUGUACUCAGCAUUUAUCCUCAGAUACCCAACAGUCUGCCCACAAGGCCGGGUUCCCACAGACGUGAAUAAUCUCAGUCUGAAGAGAUAUAGCACAGAGGUGAUUCUUCUCUUUCUCUGCUACCUCCUGUAUGAUUUUGGAGUAACUGGCGGGGAGAAUAUCAUCUCAAUCUUUGUUCUGAAGCCCCCAUUGAGCUGGGAUGCGGUCUGGGUGGGCUACGGCAAGGCAGCCUGCUACAUCAUGUUUCUGACCAGCUUCCUUGGAGUUCUGAUCCUCUCCAGAUGUUUAAGUGACAUCUCGCUGGUGCUGAUGGGCAUAAUCUCCAACACCGUUGGAUUUACCACCAUGGCCUUUGUGAAAAGAAGCUCCUUAUAUUUCAUUGCUCGCAGUUUGAUGUUGUUCUCCUGUAUUCCAAUGCCCACCAUUCGAGCCCAGUUGUCCAAGCAGAUGGAGGAGGCUUCUUAUGGUUCCAUUUUCGCCUGGUUACAGUCAGCUGUCGCUUUAACAGAUGUGAUUUCCACUGUCGUGUUCAAUAAUCUGUAUGUUGCCUCUCUCCAGUGGUACAGCAACUUUCCACUGCUCCUGGCUGCUGCAGUUUGUUGGUGCAGCACUAUCCCAAUCGUGGUUUACGGCUGGAGAAAGAAUAAGACCGAUUAUAGCCAGAUUCCAGGCACAGACUCCGCACAGAGACCAAUUGUAGAGGAACUUAAUGGUUUCAGUGAUGACUGCUCUAUGUCAUCCAUUUCGGAAUGAGUUCACACACCAAGCCUUUCACAGCACCUGUCAGCCAUGACAUAAAUACAGUCAACAAACAGAGAACAAGAGGGUUAAAGUUCAAGAGAAAAACAUGGAGGCCUGAUCAAUAGAAACUCUCACUUAGUUAUCUCAAACUGUCAACGAUUGUAGCAUUGAAACUCUUACUCGGAGUCUAUCCUAGAGGUUUUGAAGCCUUUAUAAAUUGUGUUUUGGAACUGCUAAUGUUACUGGACUGCUAAUUAAAGGAAUGGGAGUGCAAAUCUCA